UACAUGAUGUUCCUAUUAAGGCUGUUAAUUACUUAUGCUGUGCUUUUGCCAGCUUCAUUGGAAGACAUGGCUGGCCAGCUAGCUAGCUAGCAAGCUUACUUGGGCUAGCGCUAAUGUUAGACGCUCUUCGAUUGAUUGCAAAAUUAGCUACAUUUUGGUGAGAUGGGCAUCUUUUACAGCUAAUUUCACAGUCAGAUGAUAUAUUUUGUGUUUGAAUCUGUAGUUAUGUCAUGAGUUAUGUCAUGUUAUUCACUUGGUUUUAAGUGAUGCAAUCUGGAAUCCAACAUUCCCAGAGCUAACGUUAGCUAGGCAACUGUCAAUUUGCCCAUGGUGUCAGUCUGAGAUGCAAGUACAGUCCCUAACUAAUAUAAUACUAGUAUCUAAUAUACUAAUACCAGAACCAGUAUCUGGGCAGAGGAGACGAUGAAUAUGACGAGUUCAUCAUCUCCUCUGCCCAGAUAUUGGUUCAACUAAUACCUAGCUACCAUAUAGCUAUGUUGUUUAGCUAACUAGUUAAACACGUUCACGUUAUGUCUCUGUGAAGUUAACUUCUGUUUCUGGCAAGCUGUUGGCAACUUGGCCAACUAGUUUUUUUUGUGCCUUUAUUUUAGCAUCUAACUUUAAUUAAUUUGUGCAAAUGUAGGGUAAUUCGACAAAUUGUUGAACUUGUGAACAUAAUCGUUGAGGGAUGUGCACUUCACAGUACAAUGUCAAUGCCACCAUCAGCUGUCAGAUGACAAGUGUCAUUUUUUCUUUUUUCCCCUCGAUGAGCCACUAUUAAACAUGAAUUCCUUCCACAACUUGUGUGGAGCGACCAGAGAUCACCCAAACCGAUGAGGUUUUACUGAUCCAGUUAAGAUUGUGUUCCCUUUUCCACAUUUGACAAGCGGAAAGAAUGUCGGAAAGGGCCGAUGAUGACGUCAGGGGGGAGCAGCGCAGAGUGGCCAGGCAGCUGAAGCAGCAACAGCAGCAGAUCCAGCGGGGAGAAGGCUCCACAGCAAUGGCGACUGGUGCGGAGCGCAGAUCCAUGCCUAGUCCAGAAAUAAUGUUGGGACAGCCUUGGAGCAGCUGGGUCGAUGCUGCCAAACUCCACGGCAGCGACGGUGCCGAAUCAGAGGAAAGUUUGAAAGAGUUCGGGAAAAAUCGAGAAGCCAUGCGACUGUGCAGAGAUGACAUGCCCAUAUUUGGCCAGUGUCCAGCACAGGAUGACUUCUACCUGGUGAUGUGCAGCCACUGCAGUCAGGUGGUGAAGCCCCAGGCCUUCCAAGCACACUACGAGAGAAGACACAGCUCGUCCAGUAAGCCCACCUCCACCUUAGCCCCCUCCUCAGCCUUCUCCCUGACCGCUCUGUCUCGGAGCAGGAGCAGUGGGCCGGUUGGUGGGGGUGUCAGUGGGGGGGCCAUGGGCCGCUCUUCCAGUGGGACCAGCACCUCGUCCAUCUCCAAAAUCCUCAAACCAGCCAAAGAGAAGCUACCAGGCAUCCAGCAGAGACCUCACUUCCCUCCCUUCAGGGUGCUCAACGACAAGGUCCUGACCCCUGCAGUCAAAGUGGAGAAGAUGCGUCUGAAGGUGGAUUCGUCAGCCAAGUUGGUGCAGGUUCCUUCGGCCCACUUAUCGUCCUCUUCCUCCAGCAGCACUGUGAGCUCCUCGUCACCCCUGAAGCCAGGCCUUAACUGUCCCUCCAUACCAAAGGCUCCCCUGCUUGCACCCGGCCAGAUCCCCAACGGCAAGGGCCACCUCUCCCUCUCUGCCCUGGAAAAGAAGCAGGACAACAACACCAGUAGCAGACAACACCUCUACAAGAGACUGUCAGAACGUGAGUUUAAUCCAGAUAUCCACUGUGGGGUCCUGGAUAUGACAGCUCGGAAGCCAUGCACACGAUCGCUAACAUGCAAGACACAUUCCCUAAGCCAGCGGAGGGCAGUGCUGGGCCGGAGGAAACGCUUCGACACACUGUUGGCAGAGCACAAAAGCAAAGCCCGGGAACGGGAACUGCAGCACCCCCACCCCCUGCAGACCACCCCUCUCAGGGAACCCCAUCCCUCCCCCUCACGGCUCGCCCCCCACCACGACGCCCACCAGGUCGCUCAUGGCAACGGAGCCACCGACGCCACCAAGCCUUUGGCGUUUGGCAAGCCCAAACCUCACAAUCUUGGUCUUCCACGGCUGAACAGCAUUAUCUCUGAUGGAGGUGGGGGUACCCCGGGAGACCCCCACCACGCUACGUCCGCUCCUGACGGGGGCUCCCGCCUGUCCAGUGACGAGGGGGAGAACGAUGAGCGGGAGGAGGGCACAGACAAACUGGACUGUCACUAUUCAGGUUACCACCCACGGCCGGCAGCUUUUUGUACCUUUGGAAGUCAACUGUUUGGGAGAAGCUGCUACUCGUUUGACCGGCGCUGGGAUCGAAUGCGAUGUGCUCUUACCGCCAUGAUGGACAAGCACGUCAACACUCAGAUGUGGAAAAAAAUCCCUUUCGCCUUGGAGAACUCCUCCUCUUCUUCUUCCUCUGCGCCGGCCCACAGGACAACCACAAACUCCUUAUCCUCUUCACACGGUAGCGCCCCUGCUUCGGGCUUCCUCAGCCUCUCCUCUGCGCCCCUUCCACCCCCCUACACUCAGUCCUACGACAGCAAGUCUGUGCUCUCGUACGGGACGACCUUAAACGCCCGUGCCUCCUCCCAGGGCGCGGCCGACCACCCUGCCUACAGCGCAGCACAGGCCAGACAAGUGUCUUCGUCGCCCCAGAUGCCUUCAGCCCACUCCUCGGUCCCCUCCCUGUCCUCAGGACGACCGCUCAAGUCCAGAUCCAGUGGCAAGUCCUUCAGACCCCGGGAGUCCUCCUCCACAGCUGCCAUAACCAACUCCACCAGCGGGGGCAGCAGUGGAGGAAGCAGCAGCAGCAGCCUCAGCUCGGGGAAGAAGAGGAAGAACAGCUCCCUCCCUACAUCGUCUCACGCUACCACCUACUCCUCAGAGUCCUCUUCCUCCUCCAACACCACCUCUUCCUCCUUCAAGAAGAACUGCACAGUUCACAGUGGCAGCUCAGGGAGCACGUACCACCAUGCCUCACUAGUCUCCUCCUCCUCGUCUCACAGUGGCGUCCACAGUGUGGGUCUCAACUGUGGCCCCAACGCCCGGACCAACUCCCUCAGUCUGAAGGCAGAGCCGUCGGGGCCAGCGGGGUUGUCGGGGCCCGGGGUCAGAGGCCCCCCCUCGGGCAGCCCGGCCGAGUCCAUCAAGAGGAUGAGUGUAGUGAUGAACAGCAGUGACUCCACCCUCUCCCUGGGGCCCUUUGUCCACCAGGCCCCAGAGCACCACAGCAGCUUCAGCCAUGCCCACAACGACGGCCGCCUAGAGGGGAAGAAACGCAAGGGCUCCCCCGCUGUCAGCUCCAUCAACAGUGGAGGAGGUGGUGGUUUAGGGGGCGGUGGCGGGGGGCCGGGCAGGCCCAAAGUGGCCAAGUCUCCAGCCAUCAACAACAUCCACAGCAAACAUGGACGCACAAUCCCAGGAGCCACGGGGCUCACCAACAACUCCCUCAUCCAUCAGCCAAAGGCCCGCCCCUGACAGCGAUGGCUGGGUUCUCUGUAUGGAACCGAGGGGCGGAUGAAUAGGAGGCAAUCUGUGCGCUGCUCUGGACUGCACAAGGCCUUCUAAUACGUUACUCUCAGCUUCCCAAGAUCCUCAGGGUGGAGAUGAUCUGGACAGCCCAGUGACGUCACUGUUAUCGUCUAUAGUGUAACUAUUCCUCCCAAAGCCAUGUAGGAGCACCGUGUGGAGGUGACAGGCGUUAACACCCGGAGUGGGUCACACUUGGCCCCCUGUCAGUCAGGGUACCGAGGUAGAUCUUCCUAUGGGGAAGACAGGAGAGAAAAGGAGGGAGUAGGAGCCUGUCUGCCCUUUGACCUAUUGUUGAAAUUCCAGAGGUACGGAGGAAGGGAAAAGUGCUGGCACAACAGCCAUGGCACUGCCCACCAACCAUCAUGACGCAGAGCCACUGGGAUUGACUGGAGAGCUCUCAAGCCGCAAUCUGUUUGUUUCCGAUGUGUGUGUGUGUGUGUGUGUGUGUGUGUGUGUGUGUGUGUGUGUGUGUGUGUGUGUGUGUGUGUGUGUGUGUGUGUGUGUGUGUGUGUGUGUGUGAGAGACUAGAUUCUACUGGAAAUUCAAAUGUACACCUCCACGCCUGAACUCAGAAGCCUUGGAAGGAGAGGGCAGGAUAAGGAAAAACUGUCAGUUGCAACACUUCGAACACAAUCACAUUGUUGUUUUUUUAAUGCUUCCACUACAUUUUGUCAGUUGGUUUUAAUCAGUGUGACGUGUACAUAACGUCAGGUUAUGUAUAGUAGCCAGAGAUGAACCACAUGAGGAGCAGAUUCAGUCAAUUCUAUAUGAGUUCCAUACAUGACCCAAACAAUUAUGCAAGUGUUACUUUUUUAUGUUUCUUAAGUUUUUCACUGAAUUUAACUACAAACAUCUGUGUGGAGAAGAAAGUAAAUUGUACAUGCAUAUGUGGAAAAAGGAUGCCUGAUACGACAAUUUGAUUGAACGGUUGUGAAAGAGGGACUACUUGUCUUGAGGACAAGUGUUAAUUCCUACAAUAUUUUUAACUUACAAAUGAACAGCUACAGUAGACCUAGCCCUAACUGUGAACAGCACUAAACAAACACAGACCCACUACUUGCUUUAGGACAUUUUAAGACGGGCUUAUUUUCCCCAAAAGCUAGCCAAAGGCAGCCAUCCAUUUCUCCCACACUAGUCUGUAACCACUACGCCAGCUUUGGCUAUUGGCUAUUAUGAUUUCCAUUCCGGUACCUUCAGUUAUGUCACAAUACAGUUGUCCAUCACACUUGUCCUUCGUCAAAGCACGGAAUCUUAAACUGGCAAUACUUCCCCGUCUGUCUCUCUGAGAUGAGAUGAUGCUCCAUUGCCCCAUCUGUCUCUGAGUUGAUGCUCCUUGGGAUCGUGUUUUAUUUUGGGGGGGGGGGUGAGAUUCAUGGAGAUGGCUUCAGAGUAGGUUACUACUUUUUGUAACUCCUGUAAAUUUCGUAAACUCCACUGAUGUCAGGCAGCGAGCUUAGCUGAGAAGCCGACUAUUUUCUAUCUUACUUUCGCUUUUUCUUGUAUGAAUUGAACAAAUAUCGAAGUAUCCCUAUUUCAGAAUACAUAUUUUAUUAACGAAUUGUACAUAUUGAAAUAUGUAUUUUUGCACAGGCAUUUUCUUAUACAAUUUUUUGGGGUACAAUUGAAAUCAUUAUUAUUUAUUAAAUGAAAGAACAAGUUUAAGAACAUAACUUAUUUGAAGUGGUUCACUGCCAAGUCUAUAAUGCAAUAGGCCUAUAAUUAGAGGUUGAAGCAUCUCAUGAAUCAUGUACUGGGAUCCU